UAGAUAUACAUUUUGUUUUAUCGAUAGUAGCGCUGCAUGUUUGUUAUUCGAGAGCAAUCUAAGCUAAACCUAAUGGUACAGUAGGGAAAGUAUAAUACCUUUAAAUUUAAAACAUGGCUUUCCAGCCACCAAGUACAAGACAAGAACAACAAAACAGGAAGAUUUUGGAGGAACUUCAAAUGCAGAAAAAACAGCUUUUACUGAAACAGGUUCAGCCAAGUACACUGCCUGGAUCCUUAACCCCAGCAAUUGGCAUUGCUACUACUACCCAGUCCUCAGUUGAUGCACAUGCUUUAUCUACAUCUCAGAGGACAGCACUUCAGCAUGCUCAUGCCAACUCUGUAGGUUGGUUUAUAACUCAAGAAUCAUCAUUUGGAAACCUGAUAUUGCCUGUCUUGCCAAGGUUUGAUAAACAACAGUGACACUAUGAAUCAUAAUUUGGAAACCUGAUCUUGCCUGUCCUGCCAAAGUUUAACAACAGUGGGAGUGAAACAUCUAACAGAUUUUGAUGAAAAACAUUUCUUCUGAGCAAUGUAUUCUUUACUACCAAAGCAACAAUUAAAGAUGAAACUUAUCCUGUAA